CCUCCAGAUCGAUAAAUUUGUACUCCGAAAAAUCUAUAUUCUAUCUAUAUUUUCCAUUUCGAGCAACGGCAUCCGGAGGCCAUGAGUCGGGACUACACGAACUUGAUGCUGAAGUGCCUGGCGAACUUCUACCACUCCAUCUACUUCUAUGUGUCACUCUUUUCGCUGUCCUACUGCGUUGUACUGUGUCAGGUGCGGCACAGGAUCUACCAUAUGGACUUGUCCUGGGAGAGGAUCUCAUUGGUGUAUAGCUGCGCCGCGGCAAUGAUUCUGAUACUCACCCUGGUAGUCUACUACUCCUGGAUGGCCAUGGUCAUGAUUUGGCGGCAGUAUUGCGUUUAUUAUCGCGCCUCGAAACGCACGAGAUUCCUGUUCAACCUGUACAGAAAGCAGCGGGUGGGGGAGUUUAAGUAGUGAUCUGAUUAAUCCUCGAAUUGCUUGCUAUAAAUUAAUCAGUAUGGCACUAAAUGGGCGAUGGCAAUAUGCAAAUCGUUUAAUCAAAAUGUAAAUGCAAAUGGCGCAAAAAUUAAAAUGUUCUCUCGUCAGAAGUCGCGCAAACAGACAUUUUGUAAAUAUUAUUAUUACAUCCUCAUUUUUGCUGCUUUUCUCCACAUAUUUUUUUUCAUUUUUUUUUUGGUUUGGUAGCGUUUUGCGUGUGUGUCCAUUUAUUUAUAUUUUGUGGGGGGUCGUUUAUGAUUUUUUGGCUCCCUUUUUACUGCUGCACGGCGAUAAAUUUGCAUUUAAAUCACCGCCACCCCCAAACCAAUUGGUUGUGUGAGCUGUCCUGGUUUUUCGGGGAUUGUUCGCCGGGCGAGACAAUGGAGCACAGUGCCUCAUGUACGUAUGUAUCUACAUGUAUAACCGGGCAUUAUUAACCACAAAGUGUCACAUGAUUUUAUUUCGUAUCGUAUCGUUUCGCUUCGUUCCGCUAGACGUGCAUUUUACCUGCAGCUUGCUUUUUGUGCCCAUUAUUUUUGGGCUGACUUCUGUCCGAUGUUAAACGCUGAUAAGCUCCAAAGGACAUUUUGCAACAUAAAAUAGCCGUAAGUAGCACUUGUCUGCCGAGUGGCAAGGAGUCCGGGAGUCCGGGAGUCAGCGAAGAGGACGAAGGCGAGGGACGAGCAGUCCUUGGACUGCAGGACUCGGAGACUCCAGGACUUUGAGACUGCACUGCAGUGCAGUUAGGCGAGUGCAGCUGGGAUUGCAAUCGCCAUAAAGUGCGCCGCCGGUCGUCGUCGAGGGCAAAAUUGAAGUGCAAAUAAAACGCCGAGCAGUUCGGCUGCUUUUGUUUUGUUUUGGUUUUUUUCUUUCAUUCCUUGGUUUUUGGCAUUUCGGGACACGGCGAGGAUACUCCGCGUUUCGUCGCAUAUUUCAACAAAUUUUUUACUGUACUUUGCAGUUGGUGCAUAUUUUUCUUUUUUUUCGCGACCAGUUUCCCCUUUUUUGUGUCGCUUAAAUGUCACCGAAACAGCCAGCGGAAAUGGUCGGAAAGUAUUUCGUUUGUUAUGCUAAAAUUUAAGGGCACCGGAAGUCGUUUUAAAGAGCAGCAAGCGAAG